AGCGUUUCCAACUAUUGACGAAGCUGAUAACAAACAAUGAAUGUGAAACAUCUGAUGGGCUACCUUAUUCAUUUUCUUUUCACAAAACUAAUCGAUAAACACUUGGUUUGCUCUCAGAAGAUUGCCUAUUUUAAGUUUGAAUGCCUAUUUGCUUUGUUAGAGCAUGCACAUACUUAACAGGGAGUCCCAUCUAUAAUUACUAAUUGAUGCAUCUCUACCAUGGUCUAGAGGAGACUAGAUGCUUGAUAAAAGUUCUGCUAGAGAUUUUGCAUGGUGGGUUUUAACGAUUUAUGGGAAAGGAUGAUAGACAUUAGUCAACUGGGAGUUUCCAAGAAUUGAGCCUGAUGAUGAUAUGAUGCUUGUGGUGCUCUCAUCAUGUGAAUUAUAAAGCAGCAUUUUAAUAUUGUAAGAGAGUUUCAUGAUAGUUGGUCAUGUUUAAGGUGAUUGUAGCAUAGACAUUUAACUUUUCUAUAUUGUGUGCAAGCCUUGAAGUUUAUCUGCGUGAUCGUGACUCGGAGCUUUUUAGGUUUUGAACCUGAACUAUAAAGUUUUGCACAACAGGAACAUUGUGUGAAGGUUUGCUAGGAAGAGCUCUUUGCAAUACAAUUGAUGACGUAUGCCGGUUCUUGCAGAUGUUGGAUGGUUUUGUGGAGCCAAAUGAAUUCCCUUUCUAGUGGUCUUGUUGGCUUUUCGCGGAAUGUUCGUGGAAGAGGUUCACAAAUUAUGACUCGAUUAAGCAUGGAACUUAGUAGUUUUUCAAAGUCUGAGUAUUGUUGCUGCAUUGUUGGACCUCUUGGGCAGGACUUGUUUGAUGAAAAGAGAUUAUGUGAUUCUGGGGGGCCUUCACUCACACAUUUGCAUGCCUAGUUCAUUAAUAUUGAAAUGGGAGAAAAGCUGGUUUAGAACUGCCCAGAUGGAGAUGGAGGAUUAGGAAAAACUAGCGGAUAAGGUUCCAGGUUGCAGUUCAGUGAGAUUUAUGGACACACUUAUGAGUUCGUUGUUAGUGAUAAGUCACAGUCUCAGGGCAUCUAGAGCUUGUUGGAUUUGUAAAUUAUGAGGCCUAUGAUCGAGAAGGUUCAUCAUAGUGAGGUCGCUAAAGGCAUCAAUGGCCUCGAUAGAUUCAUCCUCCGUCAAGCUCGCGGCAGUUCUACUGAGGUCUGCAUUUCUUUUUAAUUUUUUAAUUAAUUUUUUUGGUUGAUUGUUUUGAUGGGUUGGUUAUGCCUCUGCUUUGAUUUGUGUUGUUUGGGUUCAAAUGCGGGCCAGAAUUUUUCUAUAUAAAUCUAAACUCUGCAACUCUCGUAGAACUUGUCUGUUUAUGUUAGCAUUGUGCAGCUUGGUUUGACCUGGUCAGGUGUUCAUUAAUCAAUUGCGCCAAAGGGCUGCAGAGAUAAUUUAUAGUUGUGUUCAUCACAGAUUGCAAGUGUUUAUUAAUACGUCCAUUUCUUGCCUAUGUCACUUCUUGGAAGAAUGCCUAUGGAGAGGAGUAGCUUCUUCUCAGUAGUAAGAUAAAAGAAGUUCAACUUGAACUUAUAGGGCAUUAUGAAAGUGAAACUGCUGUAUCAAGGCUUGCUGCUGCACAUUCUAUUCCAUACUAGACAAUUACUCAAUUCAGAUCCCGAUAUAUAUAUUUGUCGCGUGUUGAAAUCCUCUUCGAGUUUUGUAUCCCAAAUGAAGUUACAGCCUGAUGGAGAUAUGUUGCGGCCUUAAUUGAAGCAAUGAACACGGUUGUAGAAGUUGCCACUUCCCUCAAAACAUAAAAAGCCAGAUCUUCGCUCAUCAGGAUAUGACCCUAGACCAUCUUUCAGCCAAGAUCAGCUGGGGCAAGCUCCAUGUCAUAAGGGUGUAACAACUAUUUUACCAGUUGCAAGGAAGCUCCACAUAAUUAGGGUGUUACAUCAAGAAACUCAGGGGACAGCAUCAAAAGUUAGCAGGCACAGUUGGAUGAGCAAAGAUAAUUGUACCUAAGUAACCAUAAUACAGGUUGCGACGCUCUGGGGGACGAGUGGACUAAAUUCCCAAUUACGCCAACCUGGGCAAAUAAUUCAGAGGACAUUUCAAGUUGCAGAUGAGGUGAAGCUAUCAAUAUUUUUCUUCAUUCACAUAAUUUCUAUUUUUUCUGCUUCCCAAUAUUUAUAUUCUUAAUAUUUAUAUUAUUUAUUUAUACACAUUAAUUUUAGCUAUUCGUAGAGUUACUAGGCUGGGAAUUUCAGAGAUCUGUGCAAUUACACCUGUUCCGGUAACUGAAGACCUAUCAACUGCUCAACAAAGGUCCUGUAUAUCAUCUCGCUCCGGUAACUUGGCUGUGAUUUUGUGUUCAGAAAGAAGAAUGCCUGUUUUGCGUUUCCUCUUUGGCCAUAUUGUAUUGAUUCUUAUUUUUUAAUGUAUGUGUGUGUAUGAGUGUUUUUUUUUUGAAACAUAGUUGUGGCUAAAACUAUUCGGAGCCUUCAUAUUUUGAUGCAGGAAUGGCAUAUUCUUAUUUUUCAAACAUGGUUGAUCACAAGACUAGAACAUCAGGGUGCGUGUUUGUAGGAGGUGGGAGUCAUAAGCACGAAAAGAUGGCAACUUAAUAAGUCUAGGUUCUUUCUGGUACUGAAAUGGGGGAAUCUAAGUCUAAGAUUGGGGAUUCAACACUCUCCCGCCAUAAGGCUACAACAAUCCAGUUUGACCUGACGAAACCACUAUCGCUUUCUGGGCCAAGCAAUGCUGAUAUCCGAAGAAAUGCCAUGUUGCACAAGUUCUUGAUUACUUCGGGGGUGUACGAGAGCCUAGAAGAAACGGAAAGGAGAGAAGAGGUUCUUGCACAAAUCAGACAGAUUGCAAAAGAUUGUGUGAAGCAAGUUACCUCUGAAAAAGGAUACUCGAGUAAAUGGGUUAAAAAUGCGAAUGUCGUGAUAUUUCCUUAUGGUUCCUAUCGCCUUGGGGUACAUGGUCCUGGAGCUGACAUAGACACCUUGUGUGUCGGGCCUUAUAAUGUGAGACUACAGGAAUUUUUUUCCUACUUGCAUAAAAUAUUGGCAAAAAUGGAUGAAGUUACAAAUCUGCAAACUAUUUUGGAUUCUUAUGUCCCAGUAUUGAAAUUCAAGUUCCAAGGAAUUUUGAUUGAUCUCGUUUAUGCUCCUAUAUAUUUUCGGAUUGUUCCAAAUGACUUGGACCUCUCACACAAUUCUGUGUUAGGUUACGUUGACAAGAAAGCUGUACCAAGUCUUAAUGGAUACCGGGUUGCUAAUAAAAUUCUUGAGCUUGUUCCAAAUGUGGAGAACUUUCGGACAACCCUCAGAUGUUUGAAGUUAUGGGGUAAUAGACGUGGUCUCUAUUCAAAUGUUACUGGAUUUUUAGGCGGCAUAAAUUGGGCUAUCUUAGUUGCUCGGGUUUGCCAGCUUUAUCCUAAUGCAAAUCCUAGUAUGCUUGUUUGCCGUUUUUUCAGAGUUUAUACAGAAUGGAAAUGGCCAAACCCCGUGAUGUUAUGCCCGCUCGUAGAGAGCAACAGACGUCGAUUUCAUGUGUGGGAUCCUCGGAAAUAUUUAAAAGACCGAACCAGUGUUAUGCCAAUCAUAACCCCUGUAUAUCCUUCAACGAAUUCUAGUUAUAACGUUUCAACUACUACGCUGAAUAUCAUAAAGGACCAAUUUGAAUUUGGGAAAAAGAUGUGUGAGCAAAUUGAGCUCAGGAAUGGUCAAUGGGACUCUUUAUUUGAAUUCUAUCCGUUCUUUGAGGCAUACCCAUGCUAUCUGCUGAUUAAUGUUUCUGCCUCGGAUGAGGAAGAUCUUUUAGAUUGGAAAGGUUUCGUGAAAUCUCGGCUCAUGAAACUUACUUUGAAGAUAGAACGUGCUCAUGAGAAGUUACAGUGUCAUCCUUGUACAAAUGCUUAUACGGACGAAUCUAUAUCACCUGCACGACAUUGUGCAUUUUUCAUGGGGCUUAAGAGAAAAAAAGAAGAAACAACUGAAGAGGUCCAUAUGCAAACAAAUGAAGAGGUCAAUGUGCUUGCAACUGGUGCUCAGUUUGCUGAUGAGGUAAAGGGUAGAUACCCAAACUGGAAACAGACGAUGGAUAUAAACUUGAAUCUUGUUCGCAGGGAGGAAAUGCCAUCAUAUGUUUUUCGCCAACAAUCUGUGCUCUGAAAGGUUGAAAUGCAAAUGGCGGAGGCCGUAAGUGAUAUGGAAACUGAAAUCCUGGAUGCAGUGGGAACCGGAUAUUUUAAGAGGCUUCAUUGAUAAGCUAUAAGUGUCCUUUUAUAAAAUUGAGUAACGAACAACUUAAGUGCCUAACUUAUACAUUGAGGAAAACUAUAGUUAAAUGUUUGAAGAUACAUGCUUAGCUUUAAACAGUUGUCUAAAUUAACUAAUGUCACAAAAUAAAGCCUUGUCUCAUGUAAUGGAACAUGUUUCCAAGUAUUAUUAUUUGCAUGAUGAUUAAUUUGAUAUGUUGACUUGAGUGCA